AUGGCUAUGUCCAAAUACGAGACCAUCAUCUGGGAAGAGAAGAUGAAAGAGCAGAUCGUGUCUCUUGCCCGCGCAACGUACAAAGAUAGCUUCUCUAAUGGUUCAGUCUUCGACGUCAUCUACAGCACUAGAAAGUUUACCAUCGGCGGCUUCGGUACCUCCACCCCGGACGGUGUCGACACCCACCUCAUCGUUUACAAGUCACCACCCUCUGUGAGAGGUGACAUGGAGAUUCUCAUUACUAUAGAGAGUGCAUCUACUGCCCGGGGUCUCGAAGUUCUUAAGCAGCAGAUGCAAGAUCAGCUGGGUCGUAGUCUCGAGCUGGCCAAAGAUCUCCUAGCAGUAUCUGGAGAUAAACCAGUGUACUACGACGUUAUAGGUGGUGAAGUCAAAAACGCUGAAGUCGCAGUCGAAGACGCGCGACGCUGGAGGAUUAGGGACGCCUUGGGUGAUCUCUGGAUGAAGUUCCAUGCCAGGUAG